AUGUCCAACCCCAAUCGAGACACAUCAGCAGAACAACUCUCCGAUUACGGAAGAGACCACGAAAACAACAACGAGAAAAUCACCACCUCCUGGGGCGCCCCGAUACCCGACAAAGACGCCAGUCUCACAGUAGGUCAUCACGGACCAAUUUUACUCCAAGACUACAAUCUCAUAGACGAACUGGCCCAUUUUACACGAGAAAGAAUACCAGAGAGGGUGGUACACGCCAAAGGAGCAGGAGCCUUCGGUUACUUCGAGGUCACCCACGAUAUCACCAAAUACACAGCUGCAAAAGUCUUCUCCGAUGUCGGUAAGAAGACUCCAAUAGCAGUGAGGUUUUCCCAAGUCGCUGGUGAACUGGGCUAUCCUGAUACAAUCAGAGACAUCAGAGGAUUCGCUAUCAAAUUCUACACCGAAGACGGAAUAUGGGAUUUAACAGGAAACAAUACUCCGGUUUUCUUCGUGAAAGAUUGCGCUCUAUUCCCCAGUUUCAUACACACCAUGAAGCGGAAUCCCAAGACCCACAUGCGACCCGAUUACGACAUGUUCUGGGACAUGGUCACCCUACGACCAGAAACCACCCACACAUGCCUCAUGUUCUUCUCCGAUCGAGGACUCCCCGCCAAUUUCCGGCGAAUGCACGGCUUCGGAGUCAACACCUACGCCUUCGUCAACUCCAAAGGGGAGUUCUACUACUGCAAAUUCCACUACAGAUCCGAGCAAGAGAACAUGGAUCCGGCUACAGCUCGAAAACUCGCCGGCGAAGACCCCGACUAUCACCUGCGCGACCUCUACAACGCCAUCGAAGAGGGAAGGCACCCUUCGUGGAGGUUCUACGUGCAAAUCAUGACGCCUAAACAGGCUGAGAAGAGCCCUUACGAUCCCUUCGACGACACCAAAGUGUGGCUACACGCCGACUAUCCGCUGAUUCCUGUUGGUAGAUUCGUUUUGAACAAGAACCCCGGCAACUACUUCGCCGAAGUGGAGCAAAUCGGCUUCGAUCCCGCCCAUCUUGUACCUGGUAUCGAACCUUCGCCUGAUAGGAUGCUGCAGGGUAGACUCUUCGCUUACGGGGACACUCACCGCUACCGUUUGGGCGUCAAUCAUCUGCAAAUUCCCGUUAACAGUCCACUGAAAGCCGCCAAUUUCGCCAGAGAUGGUCGAUCCACUCUUCACAGCCAAGGCGAAGCCCCCAAUUACCAUCCAAACAGCUUCAACGGGCCUGGGAUCGAUAAAAGAGCCAAAGCGUUGAGUCCGGUGAUUCCUCUGCAUGGUGAAGCGGCGCGAACUGAUAACGGAAACGAUGAUAAUUUCACGCAAGCCCGGUUGUUGUACAACGACGUGAUGAAAUCCGACGAAAGAGCUCGCUUGAUUGACAACAUGUUGGAUUGGUUGAAGCCCACCAAGCAAGAGUUCCGAAACAGGGCCAUCGAGAUGUUCGCCCAAGUGGAUGCCGAGUUGGGCAAGAAGCUGAAAUUGGGAUUGAACUCGUCGCGUCACAUCGAUUUGUAA